AUGUGCAUUAAUGGAGCCUGCAGGCACACAAGAAUUCUCAUACGGUUUCUUCUUCUCUAUACUCUUGUCAAGAAGGUGGUCCCAGAAGAUGACACAGACAUUGCCACAAAGAACGGACGAGUAAAAGGGGUGAGUUUGCCUGUGCUUGGGGGGACCGUCACAGCCUUCCUCGGGAUUCCUUAUGGAGAGCCACCUAUUGGGACUCUGCGGUUCAAAAAGCCGCAGCCCAGGCAAGAAUGGACUGUGGUUUGGGAUGCCACCAAGUAUUCCAACUCUUGCUACCAGAACAGAGACAACACGUUCCCUGGAUUUGCAGGAUCAGAGAUGUGGAACCCAAACACAAACCUCAGUGAAGACUGUCUCUACCUCAACGUGUGGGUUCCUUCACCGAAGCCUAAGAAUGCUACUGUCAUGGUAUGGGUCUAUGGAGGAGCCUUCCAGACUGGGACAUCCUCGCUAUAUGUCUAUGAUGGGAAGUUUCUGGCCCGAGUCGAAAGAGUCAUUGUAGUUUCAAUGAACUAUCGGUUAGGGGCACUGGGGUUCUUGGCUUUGCCAGGGAACGUGGAAGCUCCAGGAAACGUUGGGUUGUUUGAUCAACGGUUGGCACUUCAAUGGGUCCAGGAUAACAUAGCAGCUUUUGGUGGCAAUCCUAAGAGUGUGACAAUAUUUGGAGAGAGCGCUGGAGCCGGAUCUGUCAGCUAUCACCUCCUUUCUCCUAAAAGCUAUCCUCUCUUCACUCGGGCAAUCAUGCAAAGUGGCGCUGGAAACGCUCCUUGGGGUGCGCUUCUGCCCUCUGAAGCGAGGAGAAGAACGCUAGCUCUAGCUCACCUCCUCCAGUGUACAAGUAGCAAUGAAGCAGAGAUCAUUCAUUGUCUUCAAAGCAAACAUCCUCAGGACAUACUGGACAAUGAAGCAUCUGUCUUCACAUACAGGACUCUUAUAGAGAUGUACUUCACUCCUAUAGUUGACAGUGACUUUCUUACCGAAAUGCCAGAAACAUUGCUAAAGAAUGGGGAUUUUAAACAAACACAGGUCUUGAUGGGAGUGAACAAAGACGAAGGGGCAGUUUUCCUUGCCUAUGGAGCACCCGGCUUCAGCAAAGACAACGACAGUCUAAUUAACGAUGCAGAAUUUCGGGCAGGUUUGAAGCUCUCCUUUCCAGAAACUAGUGAUAUAAGCUUGGAAUCUAUACACUUUCACUAUACGGACUGGGAAGAUGAACAGAGCCCUUUCAAUUACCGCGAUGCCAUGGAUGAUGUCCUUGGAGAUUACAAUUUCAUAUGCCCUGUGGUAAAGUUCAUAAAAUAUUUUGUGGAGGCAGGAAACACGGCAUUCUUAUACUCAUUUGAGCACAGAUCUUCAAAACUUCUUUGGCCAGAGUGGAUGGGAGUACCACAUGGUUAUGAAAUAGAGUUUGUGUUUGGACUACCCCUAGAGAGAAGAAUCAAUUAUACCAAAGCAGAGGAGCUACUGAGUAGGUCUAUGAUGAGAUAUUGGGCAAGUUUUGCAAAAACUGGAACACCCAGUGGGACUCAGAUUAAUGGGACAAGAUGGCCAGUCUUCACCCGCACUGAACAAAAAUACUUAACAUUAAGCACAGAAGCAUCAAAGAUUCGUAGAAAAUUACGUGCCCAGCAGUGCCGAUUCUGGGACAUAUUUUUUCCAGAAGUCCUGGAGAUGACAGGAAAUAUCGACGAAGCAGAACGAGAGUGGAAAGCUGGAUUCCUUCGCUGGAACAAUUACAUGAUGGACUGGAAAAAUCAAUUUAAUGAUUACGCUAGUCAGAAGGAAGGCUGUGCAGGUCUCUAAUUAAAAGUUUCAGCCUUUCUGGAAUGCCUGUAUUGUCAAAGAUCAAGGCAAACACAGAGAUAGCUAAUGUAGCGCAUCUAGCCAUGAGGCAUGUUAUGCAGGCUCAGUGACAUGUCACAAAUAUACUGGCUUGCCAAGCCCAGUUCUAUUUAUAUCAAUAAAUGUUAUGAUAAGCUCUUCUACACUUGGAAGCUUCAGGAAAUGCAAAACAGAC